AUGGGACUUUCGAAGGUUUUUCCAUGCCGCAGGCGUCGGCAGGAGAAGCGCAAGGCGGAACAGGAGGCAAACAGCAAGCCUACUCAGAGCACUUCGAAACCCCCUGAUGAAGCCCCAAAGCAGUCAGACAAGCCUGAACCAAAGACUCCCUCCCCAGACAUUACAACUUCUGAGCGAGUUUGGAAUCGCGCGUACGACGAGCUUGCCGCCGACACCGACACUGCUGGUCUUGUCGAAGCUUAUGUGAAGAUCUUGCCCAAGGCCAUUGACCCCGAUGGGAGUGCCGCCGGCGAACUUUCCCUUGAAAUGGACAACCCGGUUCAAAGACAAGCUACCUUGAAAACCGCAGUCGACAGUGGCCGAGCCAGGAUCGAAAAGAGCAGUAAGGCUACUGAUAUGGUCGGGGGCGCGCUGGGCUUCAUCAACGAGAUCAAAGGAGUGAUUGACCUCGCUGUGUCAGGCAACCCGCAGGCUGCUUUACCGUGGGCCGGUGUUUGUAUUGGAUUGCAGUUCUUUACAAAUUCUGCGCAAGCAUCGCAGACCCAAAGGAGCGGUCUUUCCUAUGUCAUCACCAGGAUGAACUGGUAUUGCCAACUGACGAACUACCUCUUGGACGAAGACAAGAUAGACCCCGGGGACCGCUCUUAUCACGACCUUCUGCAGGAACUGGAGGGGAGGAUCGUUUCGCUUUAUAAGGCACUUCUGAAAUUCCAAAUGAAAAGCGCCUGCUCUUACCAAAAAAACCAAGCCUGGGUGUUUUUGAAAAACACAAUCAACCUGAACGAUUGGGCUGGAGAGCUCCAAGCGGCAAAGGAUGCUGAAGCUGCUCUUGACCAUGAUACAAAGGCGUAUCUCGAUGUCAGCUCCAACCGCGCUCUGACGGGCCUCGUGAAACAGGGUCAGGAGUCCCAGAAGAUUCUUGGUGAUUUCCAUCAAACCGUCAAGGAUUACUUCCUCGCUCAACAAAAGACCGAACGGAGUGAGAAAGAAGCACAAUGGCUGCAGGAUAUUUACGUGGUAGACCCAGACGCGGUGAGGGAAGACAUUGCACGCAGAAACGACGAGCUGCUGCCAGCUGCGUAUAAGUGGAUUCUCGAUACCCCCGAGUAUCAAGGCUUCACUGACUGGAGUGAUCCAGACGCAUCUCAAGUCCUUUGGGUGAACGGCCCAACCGGCACUGGCAAGUCAAUGUUGAUGGUCGGCAUUCUUAAUGAACUCUCUGAGCAGGAAUCUAGCCUGGCACCAGGCCUGUCAUAUUUCUUCUUUGAAUCAGGCGAGAACCACCAGACGAGACCGAUAGACGCCCUUAGAUCCUUGGUCUGGAUGCUCCUCAUUCAACAGCCCCAACUUUUCCCGCACAUACUCGAGUCCUGCAGAAACGCAAAGCCGGGGCACUUUGACAAUCCCAGGAUGUUCUGGGGCUUGGCCAAAGCAUUCCAGAACAUGCUGUCUGAUAAAAGCCUGGGGCGGGUAUAUCUGGCCCUUGAUGCUGUGGAUGAAUGCGACGACGGAGGUCCAGGCAUCCGGGACAUUCAGAAGGUCAUUUCGGAUGCUCUCAAGAACACAAAGAAGGCCAGGUGA